AUGUGCGAUCCAAUGAGAAGGCUAGAAAGAAAACUGUGGAGAGAGGGAAGUAGUAGUCGAAGAGUGGGGAUUCCGGCUAUGAAAAGAGCGACGCGAGAGGUCUCAAAUCAGUCAACCGCCAACUUCGGUAGUAACAAGUGCCUAGUUAAAGCCAAGGAAGCAAAAAUGGAACGAGCAAGCAGAAGCCCAGAGGUGAAGGAGCGCGGAGCAAAGCAGAGUUUGUCAUCAUCAUCAUCAUCGUCGUCAUCUUCAACAUCGUCGAGCUCCAGUCCUGAAUCGCAGGUGACAUCGACGUCCGAUUCACCACGGUCAGGGAGAUUCAAGGAGAGCCAUUCAUCUCCAAAGCCGGCAUUGGACAUGCCAUUUGUAGACGACGAGGAGGAGGGCAUGAGCAGCCACCGAGCGAACGAUAUAGAGGAGAUAAUGCUGAUCAGCACAUCUUCUGAGGACGAGGAAAAAUCAAGAGCAACACCGAGUAAGACGACGUUAAUAAUAAAAGAACCCGCAGCAGAUGACCGUAAACUAACUAUCAACCACGGAACAAUGAAGCAUGCGGCAAUUGUCAUUAAAGCAACCCAAGAUCGCGAACAGCAGUCAAGCAAUAUUGAACCACCAUUCAGCAAGGUGACAAGGCCGAAAUUCAAAAAACAUCCACAAGUCAAGCUGACAGAGAUGAGUCGGGCUCAGAGGGAAGCAUUUGAUAAGAAACCAACAACCGACACUCAAAUUGAGGCGAUAGAUAUGGUGGCCAAGGGAGGAGGCGAAAUUACGACCGGAGAGGAUCAAGUGCUGGCAAAGAUCGUAACACGAUCCACCACGAGAAAACAAACUAGCGAAAAGCUAGCACGGUUGAAGCUUAGCAGAUGA